UUUAAUUAAUGUCUAAUAUCUAUCAAUAUUUUUAUAUUGAAAAUAAUUUCAAAACAAAAUAAUAAUAUAGGAGUGAUGGAUGAAUGGAUUGUAAUAGAUAUAGAAACACCAGAGGGUAAAUUCUUUAAAUCUCCAAUAUAUGAGGAGGAGUAAAUUCAUAAUGUAAAACGGAAUUUGAUAGAUAAUAUUGUUCAAAGAUGCGCUUAAUAUGGGAAAUUGGAUAAUCCUUAUUAAAUUGCUAGAAAAACAGGAGCUAUGCAAAAAGAUAUUGCUUAUGAAAAGGGUUAAAAUGUAUAUGAUCAGGAAGACUCUUUUAUAGAUGAUGAAGAAAUAGGAAAGGAAGAUCAUGCGAUGGUUAUUCCAGAGACAGAAUUUGAUGACUAUCAUAUGUGCAAUUGUAAUUUAAAAGAUUUUCAGAAAUCGAUUGAAUACAAAAAGAGAUAAUAAAUUUUAAAGAAGCAUACAAUAGAAUCUAAGAAUAAGAGUGCUAAGAAAAAAAAUAAAAAUAAAGAUAAAUUAGAUUAAGUAAUUGAAAAGCAACAAUAGGAAGAUUUAGUGUAGUAAUAAAAUUCUGCAAUUUAAGAGAAAGAAAUAUCUUGAU